CCUAAAGGAGCCUUAGAAAAAGGAGCAGUUAAUUUUCAAGGUCACAUAGAUAACAGGGGACAUCAAGAAAGCCUCGUCACCUUUAACAUGAGUGCCAGGUUGUUGCACCAAUGUUUGCUGAUCUGCUCUGCCUGUUUCCUGGUGGUCUUUCCACACAUUGUGAUGGAGGAGAAGACUCCUGGUAACGACUGCUGUGAACCCAGCAAACGAGAAGAGAAGCAGUCAGAGACCCCAGCAGUGCUGAUCGUAGAACUUCCAAAAGCAUCAAGAGUGAGCGCAAGAAAAUCUACAGAAAAGAAAUCAAAACAAAACAAGCUCAACACCCAAAACACUUACCAGAAGCCAAGGCAGCCUCCCCCAGCGAACUGCGUGCCGCCCUGGGGAAGCUGCAAGCCCUCAAGCACAGUCUGCUGUGAACACUGUGCCUUCUGCCAAUGCCGGCUGUUUAAAACAGUCUGCUACUGCAGAAUGGGAAGCCCAGGAUGUUAAGACCCUUGCUGGACCAGUAACAGUGUCGUGUGUCAGCGUGGCGUCACCUUUGUAUUGCACACAACUGUGUCUGCAUGCUGCUUGUGUUCUUUAUUUGCUCAAUUCAUCUCCCUCGGAAAGCCUUGUUGAAAUGUCAUGAGAAUUCUGUACGCUCCUGUCAUGGUGAGCCGAUGAGUAGCCAGGUCUGGGAAUUGGGGCACACUGACUUACAUUUGUGAUGUAGCUGUGCUUGUGUUUGUGUUGUAAUGAAUGGGGUGGGAUGUAGCUGUGUUUGUGUUUGUGUUGUAAU